AUGAAACUUUUUACAUGUCUUCUACCAACAGUAGCUCUUGGAGCGUACUGUAAUGGUUCCCCUCAAAAGAAUCCUAAGGACAACGAGAUGCCCAUUUUGUCCGAUGAGCCUACUUUCGUAAAGGAAGUUGAGAAUGGCCGACUUUAUAACGUCAAUACGGGCAACAAUGUCGUAACCAUCGCGCACGUUUUUGGUACACCAAUGGAAAUGGGCAAGGCUCACGGAGAACUUCUCAAAGAUACCAUUGUUGAAUUCAUGACAACAUUGUUCGAAUACCUUCUCAACGAGAUCACGGAAGAGAUCAACAACCAUAUUGAACCAAAUCUUCCACCGAGUUUUGUUGAAGACAUCGCUGAAGGAGGUAUUGAAUGGGCAAUGGACAAGACAAUUAACAUCACAGCUCCAUACACGCCGGAUUACUUCAACCAAGAGAUCGAAGGCAUUGCGCGAGCUACUGGACUUUCUGCUCAUCGACUGCAACAGAUCCACAUGUUUGGUGAAAUCACCAAGGGAGCCUGCUCCAUGUUCGGAGUCUGGGAUGAAGCUUUGGCGUCCGGAAAAGGUCUUCUUCAGGGACGAACGCUCGACUGGGACAUGGGCGGACCAUUCAGAGACUAUCCCCACAUUACCGUUUAUCAUCCAUCGGAAGGCUGGGGCAACGACUUCAUCAACCUCGGCUGGCCUGGCUGGAUCGGCUCUUUAACUGGAAUGAACGACCAGUUGAUGGGUAUUUCAGAGAUCGGCGCGCUUUGGGCUGAUCAUACUUUUGGACACGAGUCUCGACAUGGCAUUCCAUUCACUUACCUUUUGCGAGACAUUCUUCAGUGGGACAAGAGCCUUGACGAUUCAAAGGCUCGAGUAAAAGGAGCAACGCGAACAUGCAACUUGAUUCUUGGCGUCGGUGACGGAAAGAUCAACGAGUUCAACUCUGUCCGAUACAGCUACUCCAAAGCAGAUUUCUUUGAUGACAAGACAAUGGAACCAGGACCAUGGUGUAUCGAGGAGACACAGCCCUGCGACUGGCAUCCACACAUUCAAAACGCAGUCUACCACGGAAUGGACUGGAACUGUCCAAAUUACAGUCGCCGAUUGUCCGAGAGAAUCAACGAGCACUGGGGCAAUAUCUCUCCCGAAAACGCAAUUUCAGACAUCAUCGCUCACACAUGCACAGGAGACGUCCACAAUGCCGUCUACGACUUGACAAACAAUGACUUCUACUUUUCCGUUGCUUCUCCUCACGUAUACUCCGGAGUUCCAAGAAACGCUUACGAAAACUCCUACUACAAGCUUGAUGCAGAUAAGCUUUUUGCUGAAGAGAAACCAAACUUAUAA